CAAAUAUUCCCCCAGCUGUUUCCUGUCUACAGUGUCUGUGUUUUGUAGAUAAAUGUGAGGAUUUUCUCUAAAUCCUCCUUCUCUUUGCUAAAUCCCACUGUCACUGCUAAAUUCAGAGCUGAUAGAGCCUGCGCAAUGGAAUGAAGUCUUCAAAUUGAAAUGUGACAUUGCUCUCAACAUCAACCAUCUCUCUGGAUUUUUUUCUCCUUUUUUCUUUUCUUUUCUUUCUUUUUUUUUUAUUUGCUUCAUUGUUUCUGCUAAGCAAUUUAUUUCCAGACUUUGUACUUCCGAAGCCAUGGGGAAAAUCAGCAGUCCUCCAACUCAAUUAUUUAAGUGCUGCUUUUGUGAUUGCUUGAAGGUCAAGAUGCACUUCAUGUCCUCAUCACAUCUCUUCUAUCUGGUCCUCUGCUUGUUCACCUUCACCAGUUGCGCCACCGCGGGACCAGAGACACUCUGUGGGGCUGAGCUGGUGGAUGCUCUUCAGUUCGUGUGUGGAGACCGGGGCUUCUAUUUCAACAAGCCCACUGGCUAUGGCUCCAGCAGUCGGAGGGCACCUCAGACAGGCAUCGUGGAUGAGUGCUGCUUCCGGAGCUGUGAUCUGCGGAGGCUGGAGAUGUAUUGUGCCCCCCUUAAGCCUGCCAAGUCUGCCCGCUCUGUCCGUGCCCAGCGCCACACUGACAUGCCCAAGACUCAGAAGUCUCAGCCCCCAUCUACCAACAAGAAAACGAAGCCUCAGAGGAGAAGGAAAGGAAGUACAUUUGAAGAACGCAAGUAGAGGGAGUACAGGAAAUAAGAACUACAGGAUGUAGGAAGACUCCCUUGAGGCAUGAAGAAGAACACGUCACCAUUGGAUCCUUUGCUCCAAGGGAGUUCUCUAUUAAACAUUGGAAAACCUACCAAAAAAAUAAGUUUGAUGACAUUUCAAAGAUGGGCAUUUUCCUCCAAUGAAAUACCUAACUAAACAUUCCAAUGUUGUCUUUAGGAAUGAUUUGGUUAAAAAAAAAAAAAAAAAGCUUUUUUGCACUUUGCAAAAAUGGUCCCGGAGUUGGUAGAUUGCUAUUGAUCCUUUAUCAAUAAUAUCCUAUAGAAAAAAAAAAUAUAUAUAUAUAUAUCUUAGUCCCUGCCUAUCAAGAUCCACAAAUGCAUGGGUGUUGUAUAGAUCCAGUUGCACUAAAUUUUUCUGUGAAUCCUGGCUGCUGAAGCCAUUCAUUCAGCAACCUUGUCUAAGUGGUUUAUGCAGUGUUUUCUUAGUUGUUAUCUUUCUAUAUAAUAUAAACUGUUUGCUUUAGAGUCUAAUAAUCCCUCUUUAUGACAUUUGUUUUUGUUGAAUUUGGCCUCCUCAAAAGCAGUAAAUAGCUAAUAGUCAAAUGGCCCACCGAUUUUUAACUCACACACUAUUCCAUCUGUGGCAUUUGUACUAAAUAUAAGUUGGAUGCAUUUAUUCUAAGCACAAAGCUUCAUUUUUUUUCACAUCAUGCUACAAAGAGAAUACAUAUAUGUAUAUAUAUACGUAUAUAUACACAUAUAUAAUGCAAAUAGUUGCAACUUGAGGCCAAUCAUUUUUACAUGUAUGUUCAAAAUAUAGAAGGUCUCAGUGGUUUCUUCGAAUGAGUUAGUAUGCAACCUGAGUAGUAACUUCUCUUUUUAUUUCUCCCAUAUAGAGCACUAUGUAAAUUUAGCAUAUCAAUAAUACAAGAUAUAUCAAACAGUAUGUAAAACUUUGUUGGUUUUUUUUUUUAGUACAAUGGUGCUAUUUUGUAGUUUGUUAUAUGAAAGUGUCUGGUCAAAAUGGUAAAUGGUGAAAGCAAAAACAAAAGGGAAAGCAGGGAGCCAAAGAUGACCAAAAGAGAAAGGAAAGUGAAAAAUCUAUAGUUUUGGGAAAGAAGAUAAAAUGCCCCAGUUAUGCCUCCCAAGAGGAACUUCAGACACAAAUCCCACUGAUGCACAUUUGACAGGCUAGUCCAAAGAGGGAGCCCCAAAAUGGAAACAGCAAAAGGUUAGACAUUUUUAAGCCUUGGUUUCUUUUUUUUUUCCCCCUCACUUAACAAAAUAACAUCUGCCAGCUCUGCCAGGGACUCACCACUGUGUGACCUUGGGCAAGUCACUUCACCUCUCUGUGCCUCAGUUUCCUCAUCUGCAAAAUGGGGGCAAUAUGUCAUCUACCUACCUCAAAGGGGUGGUAUGUGGAUUAAAAGAUAAAGCUUCUGAUCUUGACUUUGGGUCCCUAGAAAGGUGUAACAUCAGAGCCCUUGCAUUGUUGAGUCACAAUAGGUUUUAUAAACAGCCCGUCACACCCAACAGAGCUCAAGAGUUAUAAACCAAAUGCUCCUGAUAAUUCCAGUGCUUGUCAGUGAAACUACCCAACUAAUUAAUUAGUCUGGCUAAUUAUGAAACAUUUAGAAGGCAAUCUCUCUUAAAAUGCCUUUUGAAGUAAGUGACAAACGUGAGUUAUAGUGUAAUUUUAAAGUCUUCAUGUGAACUUUGGAACAUGAAAACUAAACCAUAAAAGAAGGAAGAAAAAAGAAAAGCAGAAAAAUAAAACCAUUUCUUCAGUGAAAGAGUAAUUAUUCUACUGUUAGCUCUGGAUGGAUGUUCCAGGAACUUACUCUCUCUUUUAAUAAUAUAAUGAUAAUCUAUUAUGAAAAACAUGUUUUUCUACUCCUUAGAUAAUAUAUGAAAAUAGUUCAAGAUUUCAAAUUCUGAGGGAAUACCUUAAGGUCACCAAGUUUCUUUUAGGAACUUUUAUAUUUGAUUUAUAUACAUGUCCUUUUUUCUUGACUUGUUAAAAUAUGCUGUCUAGACUUGUGAACUGAGAGUCAAAAAUGUCCUUCCUGUCUGCUUAGAAAAAUGGUCCUUAUCUUUUUUAUACAAGAAAUUUCAGUGGUGAGGAUAGGUCUGUGUGUGUUAACCUAAAAAUGUCCCUUAUCUCUGGAUCAAGAUUUUUCUGUUGAGACAGUGAAUCCGCCAACAUUCAGAUCUUUUUUAUCUGCCUUAAACUUAUUUUUGUGUGUGUGAAGAAUAUGCAGGUUUUAUUAUCUUACACAAAUAUUGUGCUUUGUAUUCUGGAAAAGUUUAUACAAAAAACAACAACAACAAAAUCACAUCCUUAAUUUUCUUUCAUGGAGUUCCCUAAAGGUGCUGAAGUGGGGACUGGGGCCUUCUUGGACCUAUAUCUCCGAAUUAGUUUUUUUUUUUUUGUUUUUUAAAAAAAGGCCAUAUUCACUCGGGCACAGCUAUUUGGUUAGCAAGCAAGCAUCUUAGCUCUCAGUUCUCAUAGUGAUUUCAGUUGAGCACCUUGGCAUGCUGGGAAAUAGUGUGAUUACUAUAGAGAAAUGGAAAAGAAACCACAGGUCAAUUUUACCUUUUGCCUGUUUUCCAGAUGGGUGGUGAGAGAGAUGAGAGGCUGGAUGCUCUCCCCAGGAGGCCACUUCUGACUUUUACCACUUCUUUCCAAUGUGUACCUUUUCAAAUUGCAGACUCCCCUAAAAAACUUUACAGGCAACUCUGCAGACUUCUGGGUUUCAUGAUUUAGUUAUGGGUAUACUAGUUCUGAGGCUCUAUGACUUACUUUAUUCAUUUACUGCUAGGACACAAAUUUUCUAGUGGGAAAAACUUAAAUAUACAAUGUAUGGGGUUUUUUCCCCUCUUUUUCCAAUGCAUAAUCCUCUCUAACCAGAUCAUAAAUCAAUGAAUAAAAAUGGCUUAUGCUAACUCACCAUUUUAUCUUCAAACAACUAUGAAGACAAAUCUAUGUAAACUCAGGAAGUUGAUAGCUGUUUAUUGUUGAAGAAUGACCAGCGAUUGAUAGAAAGGAGUACCUCAAACUUCACAGUUCUAAACUUUAUAAGCUUUGCUAUGGAGUUACAUUGCUUUAGUGCUUAUAAAUGGGGCAAAAUGACCAUAAAUAUUAGAUUUGAACUACUAGGCUUAAGUAUGAUUUAGUUGACAUUACUCAAAAUACCUAGGUCAAUUUUUGGUCCCAUUUCAGUUCCAUUUAAAAGGUGAAUGCAACUCUCUAUCAGAAUAAAUGUCUUUAGGAGAAAAAGAAAUAUUCUUUACACCCACCCUAAACACAGAUACACACAGACACACACACUUAUCAUCUUAAGUAUCCAAUGGAAUAUAAAGAAGAAAUCACUUCUUUCCUUGCAAAUCUUAUUUAAAACAAAAAAUAAAAUUUUUUAAAAAUAUUCUUAAGCUUUCUUAAGAAUGUUUUCUCUCCUUGGAUGUCAAAUUUGGGGCAGAUAAAAUCAUCUCAUGCUCUCUGGCUUAAAACUUUUUUCUUACUAGCUUGUGUACUGGGGAAAAUGCUAGGCAUAGAAAAUGUAGCAUAUUUUUUGCUUUCCCAUUUAUUGUUUGGCCAGCUAUGCCAGUGGUGCUAUUGUUUCUUUAAGAAAGUACUUGACUAAAAAAAGAGAAAAAAGAAAAAAGAAAAAAAGAAAAAAAAAAGAAAGCAUAGACAUAUUUUUUUAAAGUAUGAAAACAACAAUUCUAUAGAUAGAUGGCUUAAUAAAAUAGUAUUAGAUCUAGCCACCUCCACCACUUUUCAAUGUUUUGUCACUUAGAAGUGUUGUUCACUAAAUUGUGAGUUUGAGGGUUCAGGGGAAGAAAAUGGAAAUUGUUCAAAAAACUUAGAAGACUCCAUUAUUUUGUUGGCUCUUGAACAAAACGAAACUAGCAAUACCAUGCAAUCUGAACAAUUUAUCAAGAGCUUCAAGUAAAAAAAAAAAAUGGGGGCACGGAGAAUAGGUCUUACUGGUAAAUGGCAGAAGAAAAAGAGAAUUUAGUUGCUUAAUGGGUCUUGUGUGCACGUGUGUGUGUAUGUGUAUGCUCCGCUUAAAAAUAAAUAUUCAGCAAGCAGAGAAAAUAAAAACAAGCAAAAGGGAUAGAUUUUCUUCCUACUUAAACUGUAGCUCUGCCACAUCCUCCUUAAGUAUUCUUUGUGUUGAGUGGUUUAUAGAAGAUAUUGUCCUUUCCUAUAAAUAUCUCAAAGAGUAGUAGCUCAUGUGUAAAGCAAUCACUGAUCGUAGUGGAAAAUGCUGGAAAUUAUCUCCUUAUGAGAUGGGGGUUAUCCACUUUUACAAAAGAAAAGAGAGAAACAAAAUCAUGAGUAAUUGUUGAAAGAGAUGGCUAACAAUCUAUGAAGGUAUUUGGGGGUUUUGUUUAAGGUUAUUUUUUCUUUAUGCAACCUUUAUGAAUAUCUUAAUGUUCAAAAACAACUUUGUCUCUUUUUUCUUUUUUUCCUAUUGGAAUGAGGAUAAUAAAUUGAAUCACUUCUUUAAUCCAUAGGCUAGAUAAAAAUCUAUGUUUGACUUAUGGAAUCAGACUAUUUAAUUUUUUUUGCUUUUUUUCCAUCUUAAAAGAUUGUUCUAAUUCAUUAGAGCAGAAUUUGUUGGGCACUCCUCACUGGGCGGGAGGCGGGGUGGGUCGGGGGGGCGUUGUGAAAAAGAAAGUUUUUCCUGUUCAAAUCACACAGGCUAUCCCAUCAAGAAUUUUUUAAAAAUAAAUUUGUUUAUUUUUAAAUGCAGUAGAAAAAUUGCACAUUAUCAUGAGCUCCCCACAGUUGAAAAAAAAAAGGGAAAAUGAUGCGGAUUCUUUUGUUUUUGUUUUGUUUUCAAUGCUAGUGUUUAAUCCUAUAGUAUAUAUUUGCUUAUUGCUAUUUUAAUAUUCUAUAAGAUUUUCCUAUUAGAUAUUAGAAAUUGAUACAUAGAUAUCAUCUUUUUGUGAUUUUUCUGUUUUUUUAAAGGAGACUGUCUGAAGCUUUAAGUGCAUAUGGUACAGGAUAAAGAUAACAAUUUAAUUACCAAGUUAUAUCUGGAAGUCAUUUUUUUGUUUUUUUUUUAAGGAAUAAAUCAUAGGCAGAGGGGACUUUAUAACCAUCUUUACUCCUCCUAGCCAUUUUUUUUCACUAACUGCUGAGAGCAUAUAGAGGGCUGAGAUCCUAGAAUUAAAGAAACUUCUUUUUUUUAAACCUAUAUUGCAACUAUUCUUUCUUUAUGUAUAACUACACUAGUCAUAAAUAUAGCACGCUUUCCUUAGUUUUCCAACUGUGACUGGUAUGAAUUGUAAAAGGAAAAUUUAUUUUUCAAUUCAUAAAAACAGAGAACACAGAGUCCAGACGUCCCUGUGCAAUUAAGCUAAGAUGGAAAUAGUUUCUCCUACUUAAAACCCCAAGCUGAAUCACCUUCAAAAUGAACUUUCACAAUCCUUUGAAUUCACCUUUGUUUAAAUUAUCCAGGCCUAAAAGCGAACAUUACUCAUUUUCUUUGCCCCAAAUGCACUGAAGUAACAUAAGAAAAAUGAAAAACAGAAUUCUAACAUCUCUCCCAAGACACCCACUGACCCCACCAAAGCCACUUCUGCUGACCCCUUAAUCUGAUUUUAUUUGUUUAUUUAUCUUGUACCUGCUGCUAAACACACUGCAAGAGGAACUCUGAAACCUCAAGCUGUCUAUUCAUGUCUCCUAUUUGUGUAUAUGUAUCAUUAAAUUGUCUAUCCAAAAUAUCAAAACCUUCCAAACUUGGCACAUCUCAGAUUCGGUUUACAUGAAAGCCCUAAAUACCAAAUCAGAUCUCUUCUUGCUAAGAGAGUUAAUGAACUAUGAGAAUUGGGAUUCUAUCAUGUAUUUCGCUUAACAUAUUUUUAUCACACUUAUAGGCUAAGUAUGAUAAAUAAACUUAUACUCACUGAAUUAAUUUGCCCUGCUACUUUGAAAUCAGGAAAUAAUGAUUGGUCAUCAUUGUAUCUGUUUUAGUUCAAAAGCAAACUUUUGUAUCAAAUUUAUUCUAAUUUUAUUUGAAAUUAUUAUUCAGUUCAUUUAUGGAAGAGAAAUAUCAGCCCUAAUGACUUCUAAAAAAUGUGACUAACAGAAUCAUUAUCAUACAUUCACUGUUUAAUAAUCAUAUUUUGAAAAUGUAUGGCUAGAGUGUCAUAAUAAAAUGGUAUAUCUUUCUUUAGUAAUUACAUUAAAAUGAAUCAUGUUUGAUUAAUUGA